GGCGGCGGGAGCCGGGUACCGCGGUGCCGCCCGCUCCACCGUGUGUCCCUGCGGUGUUCGAGCAGUACCAGAAAGCCCGGACCCAGUUCGUGCAGAUGGUGGCAGAGCUGGCGACCAGACCCCAAAACAUCGAGACCCUGCAGAACGCGGGUGUAGUGUCUUUGCUAAGACCUCUUCUUCUGGAUGUGGUCCCAACAAUUCAACAGACUGCUGCUUUGGCUCUUGGGAGACUGGCUAAUUAUAAUGAUGACCUAGUAGAAGCAGUUGUGAAGGACGACAUUCCUCCACAGCUUGUUUAUUCAUUGGAACAGAAUCAUUUUUAUAAGAAAGCAGCUGCCUUUGUGUUACAAGCAGUUGCUAAACAUUCUCCUCAAAUAGCUCAGAUAGUUGAAUACAGAGCACUGGAUAGGCUGGUGAUAUGCUUGGAAAAUUUUGACUCUGGAGUGAAGGAGGCUGUAGCCUGGGCACUUGGGUAUAUUGCAAGACAUAAUGCAGAACUGUCACAAGCUGUGGUGGACGCGGGAGCGGUUCCUCUUUUAGUACUCUGUGUUCAGGAGCCAGAAAUUGCUUUGAAAAAGAUUGCUGCUUCGGCUCUCAGCGAUAUUUCAAAGCACUCUCCAGAGCUGGCGCAGACAGUGGUGGAUGCGGGAGCGAUUGCUCACUUAGCCCAGAUGAUCCUGAACCCUGAUGCUAAAUUGAAGCGUCAGGUCCUUUCAGCUCUCAGUCAGAUUGCAAAACAAUCUGUGGAUCUGGCAGAAAUAGUGGUUGAAGUAGAGAUUUUCCCAAUUGUACUUACCUGUCUGAAGGACAAAGAUGAAUAUGUAAAGAAAAAUGCUUGUACUUUAAUUAGAGAGAUUGCAAAACACACACCUGAGGUCCCAAGUGCCGUGCCACAUGAUCUGGUUAGCUCUGAGGAUCUUCAAGUAAAAAGUAAAAGAGCCAUAAAGACUAUACUACAAAAAUGCACCUAUUUACCAGCCCUUGAGCCAUUUCUAUAUGAUGCCCCUCCCAAUAUUCUGAAGCAUGUGGUUGGACAGUUCAGUAAGGUGCUGCCACGUGAUAGCAAAGCUCGAGGACUUUUUGUAACAAGUGGUGGACUUAAAAAGCUUCAGGAGAUAAAAGCAGAACCUGGAUCUCUCCUUCAAGAAUACAUCAACAGCAUCAACAACUGUUAUCCAGAGGAAAUAGUGAGGUGUUAUUCUCCUGGAUAUUCAGAUACACUUCUGCAGAGAGUGGACAGCUACCAACCAAUUACUAAUUAA